UUUGGUGGACGCCUGCGCGCUGCUCACUGGAGAUGAAACUCCAUACAUCGUGCCUUCACAGCAUCCCGCAUCUGUUGUCGAAAUCAAAUGUAUUGUAACUUAGUGAUUAUAAACCUCUAACAUCCAAAAUGAAUCUAAUGGAAGCCUAAACAAAAGCGCCAAGAUGUGGUCCUACCACGUCUUCCUCGCGGUCCUCUACUGCGGCGGACAGUUGGUGACCGCCGACAUCGACCGACGUCGGUUUUCCAAUCCCACUUACUACAAUGUUGGAGGAGUUCUCUCCAGCAACGAGUCUAUUGCAUUCUUCAAGGACACUAUAUCGAAUCUAAACUUCAAAGAUCAAUAUGUGCCAAGAGGAGUUACUUACCAUGAUUAUUCGAUGCUAAUGGACCCUAAUCCUAUUAAAACGGCUUUGAAUGUUUGUAAGGAUCUCAUUGCUCAUCGGGUUUACGCAGUGGUGGUAUCCCAUCCUUUAACUGGAGAUCUUUCUCCAGCAGCUGUCUCCUACACCAGCGGUUUCUACCACAUCCCAGUCAUUGGCAUAUCGUCCCGAGACUCAGCGUUCUCUGACAAGAACAUACACGUGUCGUUCCUUCGAACAGUCCCGCCAUAUUCACACCAAGCUGAUGUGUGGGUUGAUGUAUUGAAGCACUUUAAUUACAUGAAGGUCAUAUUCAUUCAUAGUUCUGAUACUGAUGGAAGGGCCAUUUUGGGACGGUUCCAGACGACUUCCCAAAGUGUGGAUGAAGAUGUAGACCGUAAAGUAGUAGUAGAACAGGUGAUUGAGUUUGAACCAGGACUAGAUUCAUUCAGCGAUCGACUGAUGGAUGUGAAAGGAGCUCAGGCUAGGGUAUUUCUAAUGUAUGCCAGCAAAACGGAUGCAGAGAUAAUAUUCCGUGACGCAACAUUCCUCAAUAUGACCACGGUAGGAUACGUGUGGAUGGUAACGGAACAAGCUUUGGAUGCUGCUAAUGCACCUGAGGGUUUACUGGGCCUUCGACUAGUAAACGCUACGAAUGAACAUGCCCAUAUCCAGGACUCUAUCUACGUCCUAGCUUCAGCUAUUCGUGACAUGAACACAUCAGAAGAAAUUCAUGCUCCACCUUCAGACUGCGAUAACUCAGGGUCUAUCUGGACAACUGGACGACUUCUCUUCGACUACGUGAGGAAGCAACGGUUAGAAAAUGGUGCUACUGGCCAUGUGGCUUUUGACGACCAUGGAGAUCGAGUGCAUGCAGAAUAUGACAUGGUCAAUGUUAGGGCUCAAGGAGAGCAUGUGGCUGUUGGUAAAUACUUUUAUUCGAAGGAAACUCAGAAGAUGCGUUUGGAACUAAAAGAGCAAGAGAUUAUAUGGAUGGGAAGAAGUACUUCGAAACCGGAAGGUUUUAUGAUACCAACCCAUCUAAAGGUAUUGACGAUUGAGGAGAAGCCAUUUGUGUACACUCGACGUAUUGACGAUGGCAGUGAGUGUACACCAGAAGAGAUUCCUUGCCCCCAUUACAAUGCCAGUGAAGAUACAGAUCAACUUUAUUGCUGCAAGGGUUUUUGCAUGGACCUCCUAAAACAUUUGUCAAAGGCGAUAAACUUUACUUAUUCCCUGGCUCUUUCACCUGAUGGUCAAUUUGGAAACUACAUUAUACGCAACUUCUCCCAACCUGGAGCCAAGAAGGAAUGGACAGGGCUCAUAGGUGAAUUGGUUUAUGAGCGAGCAGACAUGAUUGUGGCUCCACUUACUAUCAACCCGGAAAGGGCAGAGUUUAUUGAAUUCAGUAAACCGUUCAAAUAUCAAGGUAUUACAAUUUUAGAGAAAAAGCCAUCACGUUCAUCAACGUUGGUAUCCUUCUUGCAACCAUUUUCCAACACGCUAUGGAUUCUGGUGAUGGUGUCAGUCCAUGUGGUGGCGCUUGUUCUGUACUUACUGGACAGGUUCUCACCAUUUGGAAGGUUCAAACUGGCCAAUAUUGAUGGAACGGAAGAAGACGCCUUGAAUCUUUCGAGUGCCAUUUGGUUCGCUUGGGGGGUGCUUCUGAACAGCGGUAUUGGCGAAGGCACCCCUCGUAGUUUCUCAGCGAGAGUUCUCGGCAUGGUUUGGGCAGGUUUUGCAAUGAUCAUCGUAGCUUCCUACACUGCUAACUUGGCUGCCUUCCUCGUACUCGAACGUCCCAAGACGAAACUCACCGGGAUCAACGACGCAAGGGACUGUUCGAUGGUGCAGUUUGAAGGGGAGCUUCGCAAUACCAUGGAGAAUCUGACGUGUGCCACGGUAAAGGGGUCGGCUGUUGAUAUGUAUUUUAGACGGCAAGUUGAAUUGUCGAAUAUGUAUCGAACGAUGGAAGCGAAUAAUUACGAUAACGCUGAGCAAGCUAUCGAGGAUGUAAAGAAUGGUAAACUAAUGGCAUUUAUUUGGGAUUCAUCUCGUUUGGAAUUCGAAGCGGCUCAGGACUGUGAGCUAGUAACGGCCGGAGAACUCUUUGGUCGGUCAGGCUAUGGCGUGGGAUUGCAGAAAGGGUCUCCUUGGGCGGACCUUGUUACACUCGCUAUAUUGGACUUCCACGAAAGCGGAAUAAUGGAAUCUCUGGACAACCUAUGGAUCCUUCGAAACAACAUGCUAAAUUGCGAAGAGAACGAAAAGACGCCGAACACUUUAGGCUUGAAGAACAUGGCGGGGGUGUUCAUACUUGUGUUAGCGGGCAUUAUAGGGGGCAUAGUACUCAUAGUGAUUGAGGUGGUGUACAAACGUCACCAGAUCAGGAAACAGAAGAGGAUGGAAAUCGCGCGCCACGCCGCCGACCGGUGGCGCGGAGCUGUCGAGAAACGGAAGACACUUCGGGCUGCGAUCCUGCCGUCUCAACGCAGGGCGAAGUCAAACGGCGUGAAGGAGGCCGGCAGUAUCAGCCUGGCCGUGGAGAGAGGCGCCCGACGCCGAGACGAGCCGCGUGUGCCUAGAUAUCUACCAGCCUACACGCCUGAUGUUUCACAUCUUGUCGUUUAAAAUCACUACAGUUAUUAAAAGCCUGUUCACAAAGUGCGGGCGAAAAUAUCACUGGCUGGCAGAAUGCCUGAUGUAACUACAACCAUGAAAAUAGACUGCUAAAGUCUUCGAACUCGCACUGUGUGAACGAGGCAUAAGUUGGUGUUGUUCGUCCUCAAAGUAGUUAGAAUUUGAAUCGUUGCUGUGAACUUAGCUUAUGAUAUAUGAAGAAUUUACUAAGCUCAACUUAGGUAUUUAGUUAAGAAAUAAAUAUAAAUCUUACGUGGUAGUACACUAUUAUGGCCUUACUACAAAAACUUUAAACACUGUUUUACACUUGUCUAAAAAAAAUGUGGCUCCAAAAUGAACCAUAUGUCAACGUCAUAAUUUGUCAUUUUUUUAGACAAGUCUUAAACUGACGUUAAAAAGUUUUUGUGGUAAGACGGUUAAAUUUUUAAGGGCAAGUUAUUGCCCUUCCUAUCUUAGUGCACACACAGCCUAAUGAAUGACUGAACAUUUUUGGCCUAAGUUAUUUUGGGCUUAUGUUUGCCAAAUACUUAUUUUGUUUCUAACAGGGUAAGGCCUUACGGAAUACAUGCCUAUAUUUACUGCUGAACUCCAUACAUAAUAGUUGUGAUUAGGUAAUUGUAUAUAAUACACUAGUCGAUGUCGUCACAGACUAUAUAUUUAUGUCCUCUUGGUACUAAAUGAAUGUCUAAGAAAACUUCAUACUUACGUAUAAGAUUAGCUAGUGUUUGACGUUAGUCAGGGUGUUUCAUAAAAAAAUAUAGUAAUUGGAAUUUGAUAUAUUUAAAUUACAAAUUGUUGUCGUUAUUAUUGUCCAAUCAUAUAAAUAUAUCUUGUUUUCUAUAAGUUUUUAUAUUGUUGUGUAGUUUAUGGAAUCAUCUACAUGUGACACCAAAUAAAUACUGAUUACUCGAGAUGGUUUAUUAAUUAUCUACUUGAGGUGCUUAAACUACUCAAAAUGAAAGACUAUUUUCAACACAUCUAUAUAUUUACAUAAGGAUUUUAACAGUGCUAUAUGGGAAUAAUAUAUACUUAGUACGUAACAAGAGCUAUGGUGCUCCGUGUUAACUGUCAAAAGCAAGCCAGAAUGUUAGAUUGCCAGGAUAAACAUAAAGUAGGAAUGUAUUGCGCGGCUGCAAGGCUCCGGCGCGGCUCCACCCUGCGCGCAGUCAAAUCGUUGCCUUGAUUUGAGUGGACAUAGCGUGGGAUGCUGCCGCCGCGCCGCAACCUUACAGCCUUCAAUUAUUCCUAACUGAUAACAUGAAUGGUAUA